CAAAUUUUAUCCAAAAAUUCCAGAAAAAGGUAGAGCCGAUGGGGAGUCACUCAAUCAUCACCAGUAUUAGCUCAGCCCCACCUUCACUCCCUCUCCGUUCUGUUCCGGAGGUCGUUGCAUUCUCCGGCCACCUAUCUCACCGGAAAACGAGAGGGCUCCUUCUCUAUCCCCAGACCGCAAAUGCAUUCUCCAGCCCACUCCUCGUGCAUGCUCCGGUAGUUUUUGCAUUCUCCAACGACCUGUUUAACCGGAAAAGGAGAGGACUAGAGGUGGUGACACGUGCGGGCGCCAACACCAGCAGCUACGUGUUCGCGGCAGUGUUCCCGCUCUCACUCCUGGCUAUCACCAUCUUUACUUCCAUCAAGAUUGCUGAUAAGCUCGACGAAGACUUCCUAGAAGAUAUCUCUAUAAAUCAAGCAGUAAAGGAGGCAGAGGACGAGGGUGAUGAUGGUGGUGAUGGUGAUGAUGAUGCUAUUUCAUUGGAGGAAAUAGUGCAAGAACCUGUGCUUCCACGUACUCGAAAUCGUCCCAAGAGGGAAGUGUAAACAUCCAAUUUCAUAAUCUGUAUUAAUUGUAUAAUUCUUUUUCUGAGUGUAGAUUAAAACUCCUAGAAAGUGCCAUUGAACAAUGUAAAUUUGCCCUUUUGGGAGGGAGAAGGGGGGGAGGGGGGAUACAUUGAGCUCAUUUUGGUUGUUGUUGGAAUUUUGUCACAUAGCAUGUGAAUGAAGAAAACAAGUAUUGAAAGCUUUUCCUCUGUUUAGGAGUCUGAUUCGGUUUAACUUCAACAUUAAUAAAAUUUAAUGUAAUUGUCGGAUAAUGGUGCAGCAUAUGAUUUGAUUGAAAGGGAGGGGUAUUUUGGCUUGAAAACUUAUAUUUGAUAAUGUUAGGCCAAAUAUGCUCUUUAUUUAUAAAUAUAAAUAAGUAGAUUAGUAAUGUUUUGGUAAUGUUGGCAAAGAUUGAGCGCUUGGGAUCUUAAGUGUUUAGGUUCGAGUUCUAUUAUGUGUAUUUACAUGUGUGAGUUCUUAGUCUAGGUUUUAUUCUGGUUUAAGUCUCAUUAUCGGAUACCAACUGAGAAAAUGGUGCAACUGCAAUAUAUGAUUUGAUUGAAAGGAAAGGUUAUUUUGGCUUGAAAAAUCAUAUUUGUUAAUGUUAGGCCGAAUAUGCACUUUGUUUAUAAAAUAUAAAUAAGUAGAUAAAUAAGGGUUUGGUAGUAUUGGCAAAGAUUGAGAGCUUGUCCACUUUGGAUCUUAAGUGUCUAGGUUCGAGUCCUAUUGUGUGCGUUUACAUGUGUGAGUUCUUAAUCUAGAUUUUAUCUCACCAUGUGUAAUUGUCGGUUCGAGUCCUAUUGUGUGCGUUUACAUGUGUGAGUUCUUAAUCUAGAUUUUAUCUCACCAUGUGUAA